UCCACCCACAACUCCGAGGCUCCUCCCCCCGACACAGGAACACGACUGAGCCGCAAGCAAUGGAAGAAUAAAAUUAAAAACAAGAAGAAGAAUAGAAACAAGUUUAAGCCAUGUGACAGUGAAGAGAAAGGAGAAUCUAGGAGAGGUGGGGAGAAGUCUGAAUGUCAUCCCCUAAGGGACCCAAGCAGGGACCUUGGUGGGAAAGUCACUCUGCGCACCCGUAUGGAGCAGAGGCUGCAUUCUGCUCGCUUUCGAUACAUUAAUGAACAGCUGUACACAUCAGACAGUCGGGAAGCUGUGCACCUCUUCCAGAGUGACCCUGAGGCCUUCACCAUCUAUCACACGGGAUUCUCUCAACAGGUCCAACGCUGGCCCGUCAACCCCAUCACCGAGAUCAUCAAAUAUAUCAAAAACAGGCCUUCCUCACUGGUGGUGGCAGAUUUCGGCUGUGGUGAUGCUCAGCUGGCACGUAGCGUUCGAAAUAAAGUUCACUCCUUUGAUCUGGUGGCUUUGAAUGAUCUUGUGACUGUGUGUGACAUGGCGCAGGUACCGCUGUUGGAUGGGAUUGUCGAUAUCGCCGUCUUCUGUCUGUCACUGAUGGGGAAGAAUCUCAAUGAUUUUCUAAAAGAAGCAAAUCGGGUUUUGAAGAUGGAGGGGGUGUUGCUGGUUGCUGAGGUCAGCAGUCGGUUUGAUGACGUCAGGCAGUUUCUUACCGCCAUUGCACAGUUGGGAUUCAAGUCCGUAAAUAAGAAUACAGACAACAGUCACUUCUAUCUCUUUGAAUUCAGUAAAGUCCGUUUGGCACGUGAUGCUUCCAGACAUCCGGGACUGCAGCUCAAACCGUGUCUGUACAAGAAAGAGGUGAUUUGGCCGGGACCCCUCGGACAAUGGUAG